GGCAGAGACUCAGUGCUAGAAAGGCUGAGGAACUGGUUGUCACGUGACGCGGCCGCAGCGCCUUCCGGGAGUUGUAGUCCACGGUGGGUAGUCAACUAUGAGCACCGCAACUGGACCGAGGAUGGUGACCCGCGGCAUGAGCCGGUGUUCGGGCCAGCUGUUCACAGAGGGGAAACUUCCACCGCCCCUAAGCAAAGAGGCAGUUGCAGGGAAAGGAGAAAGACCAAAACCCAAGAGAAGACAACGGAAGGUGAAACUUGAGAUGGUUUAUGAGUCUUUGGACAAAGAUGGAGAAGUGGACAGUGAUGGUAUCACUCCCAAGAAACCUAAAUGGGAACCCCCAAACUGGAGACUUCAGCUAGAGAACAUCCGAGAAAUGAGGAAGUCCAAAGAUGCACCUGUUGAUCACAUGGGAGCUGAGCAGUGUUAUGACCAAAAUGCUCCUCCAGAGGUGAUGAGAUACCAAGUGCUACUGUCACUGAUGCUGUCCAGCCAGACCAAAGACCAGGUCACUGCAGCUGCUAUGCAGCGGCUUAGGGAGAGAGGCCUGACUCUAGACAGCAUUUUGCAAAUGGACGACAAUACCCUGGGUCAACUCAUCUACCCAGUUGGCUUUUGGAGGAGCAAAGUGCAGUACAUAAAGCAGACAAGCAAGAUCUUGAAGCAGCGAUACGGGGGCGACAUCCCAGCUACUGUGGCAGAGCUGGUGACACUUCCUGGCGUUGGACCCAAGAUGGCACACUUGGCCAUGGCCAUUGCCUGGGGCAAGGUGUCAGGCAUUGCAGUGGACACACACGUACACAGGAUCACCAACAGAUUGAAAUGGACCAAGAAGGAGACCAGAUACCCUGAGGAAACCAGAGCUGGCCUGGAGGACUGGCGGCCAAGGCAGCUGUGGAAGGAGAUUAACUGGCUGCUGGUGGGCUUCGGCCAGCAGACCUGCCUGCCAGUGAACCCGGUGUAGACUGCCUUAAACAAAGGCUUGUGCCCAGCAGCCAGAGCCCUUGAAGAAGGCUGCUACAAAGACCCCUAAAGUUCGAGGGUCAGAUGGACAGCCAGCUGGUGUUAGACCUCCCAUUGAGUGCCUAAGACUUGUACCCAACAUUGGGUUCUGUUUAAUAAGUUUGAUGUUCUUU